AGUAGCGCCCACGCGCCCGCGGAGGGUCCCGGGCAUCAUGGCGGAGCCGGAGGUCUCCUCACAGGCUGCCCGGGCCCCACAGACCAGCGCUUCCUCCGUCGCCACCGUGUCUGCGGUUACUGUUCCACCGGUAGUGGGGGGAGGUGGAGCUGGGGGGAGCAGCAGCAGCAGCGAUCCGGCUCGCCCGGGAUUAAGCCAGCAACAGCGCGCGAGCCAGCGGAAGGCGCAUGCGCGAAGCUUCCCGCGGGCAAAGAAGCUGGAAAAGCUAGGGGUGUUUUCAGCGUGCAAGGCUAACGACUCUUGUAAGUGUAAUGGCUGGAAGAACCCAAACCCUCCCACGGCCCCCCGCAUGGAUCUGCAGCAGACGGUCACCAACCUCAGCGAGCCCUGCCGCAGCUGCGGACAUGCGCUAGCCAACCAUGUGUCUCACCUGGAGAACGUUUCUGAGGAUGAGAUCAACCGGCUCCUGGGGAUGGUGGUGGAUGUAGAGAAUCUCUUCAUGUCGGUGCACAAGGAAGAAGACACAGACACCAAGCAAGUUUACUUCUACCUGUUCAAGCUGCUUAGGAAAUGUAUCUUGCAGAUGAGCCAUCCAGUUGUUGAAGGCUCCCUUGGAAGCCCCCCUUUUGAAAAGCCGAACGUUGAUCAGGGUGUCUUAAACUUCGUGCAGUACAAGUUCAGCCAUCUGCCCUCCAAGGAGCGACAGACGAUGUUUGAGCUCUCCAAGAUGUUCCUUCUGUGCCUAAACUACUGGAAGCUGGAAACGCCGUCUCAGUUCCGUCAGCGCUCGCAAAACGACGAUGUGGCGACGUAUAAGGUCAACUACACCCGGUGGCUGUGCUAUUGCCAUGUUCCCCAGAGCUGCGACAGCCUCCCGCGCUACGACACCACCCAAGUCUUUGGGCGCAACCUCCUCAAGUCCACUUUCACGGUCACUCGUCGGCAGCUGCUGGAGAAGUUCCGGGUGGAGAAAGACAAGCUGGUGCCAGAGAAGCGAACCCUCAUCCUCACCCACUUUCCCAAAUUUCUGUCAAUGUUGGAGGAAGAAAUUUAUGGGGAGAGCUCUCCAAUCUGGGACUUCGCCAUGCCUGCAACAGAAGGAGCCCCACUCGUCCCCCGGCCAGCUAUCAGCACUGUCCCCACAGCCAGCACUCCACUCUUCAGCAAGUCUCUGGGCUGUGGCUCCUCUUUAGCAUCGAUUAGCCUGGAUGGUGGCUCCUUGGAUUCCGUGCCAGGUGAGAAGAGAAAGCUUCCAGAAAGCUUGACGCUUGAGGAUGCCAAGAGGAUCCGUGUGUUGGGUGACAUCCCGAUGGAGCUCGUCAAUGAAGUGAUGUUGACGAUCACAGAUCCGGCGGCCAUGCUGGGGCCUGAGACCAGCCUGCUUUCAGCAAAUGCUGCUCGGGAUGAGACAGCCCGGCUGGAGGAGCGCCGCGGCAUCAUUGAAUUCCAUGUCAUCGGCAACUCGCUCUCACAGAAAUCCAACAAGAAGAUCCUCAUGUGGCUGGUUGGGCUGCAGAAUGUCUUCUCGCACCAGCUGCCACGAAUGCCCAAGGAAUACAUCACCCGCUUGGUCUUUGACCCUAAACAUAAGACACUGGCCCUGAUCAAGGAUGGCCGGGUGAUUGGGGGCAUAUGCUUUCGGAUGUUCCCGACACAGGGUUUUACGGAGAUUGUCUUCUGUGCUGUAACGUCUAACGAGCAAGUCAAGGGUUAUGGAACUCACCUGAUGAAUCACCUGAAGGAAUACCACAUCAAACACAGCAUCCUCUACUUCCUCACCUAUGCUGAUGAAUAUGCCAUAGGCUAUUUCAAAAAGCAGGGCUUCUCCAAAGACAUCAAAGUCCCCAAGAGCCGGUACCUAGGAUACAUCAAAGAUUACGAGGGAGCCACCUUGAUGGAGUGUGAGCUGAACCCCCGGAUCCCCUACACAGAGCUCUCGCAUAUCAUCAAGAAGCAGAAGGAGAUCAUCAAGAAGUUGAUAGAGCGGAAACAGGCCCAGAUCCGCAAGGUCUAUCCUGGCCUCACUUGCUUCAAGGAGGGUGUUCGGCAUAUUCCGAUCGAAAGCAUUCCAGGCAUCCGGGAGACGGGAUGGAAGCCUCUGGGAAAGGAGAAAGGGAAAGAGCUCAAGGAUCCCGACCAGUUGUAUACCACCUUGAAAAAUCUCCUAGCACAAAUCAAGACCCACCCCAGUGCCUGGCCGUUCAUGGAACCAGUUAAGAAAUCUGAGGCUCCUGAUUACUAUGAGAUCAUCCGUUUUCCCAUUGACCUCAAGACAAUGACGGAGCGUCUCAAGAACCGCUACUACGUCACCAAGAAGCUGUUCAUCGCUGACUUGCAACGCAUUAUCACCAACUGCCGCGAGUACAACCCACCCGAGAGUGAUUACUGCAAGUGCGCCAACACCCUGGAAAAGUUCUUCUACUUCAAGCUCAAGGAAGGGGGGCUCAUCGACAAGUAGGAAGCAGCUGCUGGCCGCCUGGGAUUUUCACCUCUGUCCUUCCAUCUUGUUGAAACUCCUCUGACUUUGUGAACAGCUGGACUUUUCGUCGCUGCCUUUCACUGCGUAUCACGCACAAACCAGAUGUGGGGGCUGGACACGAAAGGUUUCCCAUGAUUGGGGGGGGGAACACAGGGCAGAUGCCGCCUCCCCACCCCUCAACAGAUUGGGAUCUUCUGUUGUAUCCCUGUUUCAUUUCUGAGCCUUAUUACACCAACCAGUGGGUCUUCCUUUCCAAAACCAAGUAACUGGGAGUACUCUGGGAACUUAUCCGCCCCCCCCCCCCACACACACACACUCCGAAAAGGAUUGUGAAUUAUUAUGUUCACUCCCAAGAUCUAACAAGGGGCCUGUGGCAGCCCCUCCCCCUCCCAUUUUUCCUUUUAUGUUGGUGGGUUUUCUGUAGAACUUGGGAGUUUUGCCUCCCUGCACUCCAUCCUGGCUUUAAGUUACAGCCAUUUCCUUUUGACAUGUGAAUGUAGAAAUGGAGCAGCUGAGGAAACAGAAGAGGAUGAUGGCAGAAGGGUGGUGGUGGGUUUUCCGGCUCAGGCCACAGUGGAUUCUCCCUUUAGUCUUUCCCAAGGAAGAAAGAGUCUUUGAUGGGAUUGCUUUGAAGCCGUCCCUUCCUCUCGGCCAGUUCACCACUGCCCGUUGGCGCACCACUUCAGUGCUGCACUUCCAGCGGAGAACUGUGGCGCCUUAGGCUAAGCUGCAGCUCGCUGCAAGAGGCGGACAAGUGGUGGAGAAGGGAGAGGAAAGAGAAGACAGCAGCCUCACUUCUUUCCCUUUGCCUACCUCACCAGGUCUAUCCAGUUGCCAACCUCUGGCUGUGGCUCUUGCAAAAUGCCUGGUGCCAGACUGCCCUCUCCUCUCCUGCAGAGCAGUCAUGAGCUGAGGGCUCCUCCUUUGCAUUCCACACCUGAAUGAUCAAGUUUGUGCCCAGGACACGCUGCUUUGCUGCCUGUUCUCCCUCCCCAUACCACAAAGUCUAAGUUAUUCCUGAUUACUUUCUUUCCCUCGCUACUUUCCUCUUGCAUUUAUUAAACCUCACAGCCUGUCAGAUACAAAGCUUAUUUUCUCUGUACUUAGAACUAUCACUCCUUUCUGCCCAGACUUGCUAGGCCUUGCUCUCUUCAGGUUUCACUCUGGCUUGGAGUGCCUCAGUGGUUUCUCUCUCUAGUCCCCUUCAUACAUCUGUGAGGGUCUGCCAUGUUGAUUAUUCUUCUUGCCUUGAAGGAGAUGGGUUUUUCUCCAUUCAAGGGCAGCCAGUUUUGCUGCUAACCAGAUAUUUAAUGGACUUGUCAUGAUGUUUGAUUAUUUCCAUUAGGUUACCCAGGUCUCUCUCUCACACCUCAGUCUUCUGAAAUUCUUGUAGUUUGGGGGAAUCGUUAAUAUCUGCAUCAUCAUGUGGAAAAACAUGCACAACUAAUUGUUUUUCUCCAGUUUUGAAAGCAAACGGUCUCUUUAUCUGCACCUGGUUUUAUCUCUUUUUCUCCCUGUGAGGAUACAAUCAUGAGAUCAUUUAACCCCAUGGCAAGCAUUUGCAGGCUUGUGUGUCAGGCAUGGGUGGAAAUAGGCAAGUGAAGCCCGCUAGAUGGUAAUGAAUUUAUUGGUGGCCUGUUUUGGAUGGGGCGGUGUUCGGUGUCCUCCAGCACUGACUGACAUAUAGUUUUAGGGGAAGGCUCCUUGCUCCUCUCUUUCCUUCCCUCUUGAUUCCAGUGAGCAAUUUCAGUAAGUAUGGAGAAGAGAGCUGGAAAAGGAGGGUUGGCAGUUCAGUGAUAUUCAUUUGGUUGCCCAAUCACUAGUGUAAAUUCUGCUUUGCUUUGUUCUGUGCCUGUUAGGUUUGUCUAGGGCAGGCCUGCUCAACUUAGGCCCCCCAGCUGUUUUUGGACUACAACUCCCAUAAGCUCCAGCCACAGGGGCCAAUAGCCAAGGAUUAUGGGAGUUGUAGGCCAACAUCUGCAGGAGGGCCGAAGUUGAGCAGGCCUGGUCUAGGGGAACCUCUGGAAGUCAUAUUUCGUUUAGGGCUGCGUGUGUUUCAUAAUACCUUGUCAGAGGUUCAGAACAAAACGUUACCUCACAUUGCUGCCCAAUUAUUUGGCAAUGUCCACCAAAGCUGAGCACUUCUCCUCAGCCACAAAGUCUGAAGAAUCCUCUGUGGGAACUUGAUUACAGGAGGGUUAUUUGUCCUCUACACCUCUGAGGAACCUUGUAAUAGGGGAGUGUUGAGAGGGAGGGAAGCAUUUGAGUGACAUCCCACCUCUUAAGUGACUGUUGCCUUAUCUCCACCACAUCUGUGUGCUUAACCUGUAUGAUUGCAGGGUUUGACUCUGCUCUUCUGGGCCUUUCAAUAAUGUUGCCAUUCCAUUUUUUUAAUGCAUUAAAAAAAUAAUAAAAAAAGAACAUGUCUGAAAUAGAAAA